AUGCAUACGAAGGAGUGCACGAUACAAUAUAUAGAAACGGACACAAAUACAGAAACUCAAGAGACUGAUUUUACCAUUGAACUAAUAGAUACUAUGAAUUUGUCGUCAAAAUUAGUCAACCGACAUGAACAAACAAAAUUAUUAAAACAAGAAAAUACAAUAUAUUGUAAAUCAACAUGUAAUUUCACCCGUAAAUUUGAUGAAUUCGAUAUAGAGACAAAAUGUGAGCGCAAAAUUGGUUUUAGCUAUUGUAGUCUUGAAAUAUUGUUGGACUACAGCGCUCGAGCUUUUAUGGUAUCAUUUUUAUCCAACGCGAGUGAUACAAUAAACGAUGAUAAUUUAAUUCAUGCGGUAGUAACGGAUAUAGUAUUCGAUGAAACAUCUGCUGACCUUGUUUUGGUUACGUAUGAAUGUAAUACAAAUGAUUGUGAUAUACAAUAUACAAAUUGGUUUAUUGAUAAAAUGUCAAAGACCAGCAAAUGUUAUGUUAGCGAAGUGGACGAAACACAACAAUGUGAUGAAAUUGCUUGUUAUGUUGAUGGUAAAGAGGAUGCGGAAGACGAUGAGACACACUCUGCUGGGUGUUACGACAUGGAGCCUGAUGAAAAUAUGUGGAUUCAAAUAGAAACAACAAAAGAUGGUAGUACUGUGCAAUAUCUAUGUAAUAUAAAUGACUGUAAUGAUGAAGAUAGAUUCCAAAAUGUCAUCAAAAUUAUCAAAGACAUAAAUAUUCUUUUAUUGUUUACGAAACCUAAUAAUACAACAAUAACAACGCCGUCAAUAAUACAGACUGUAGAUCACAUAACGUCCGGUAGCAAUUCAUAUGCAACACUCUCGCACAAACAAUAUACGACAGAAAUAAAACCAGAUGAAAAUAAAGUAACAACAACAUUUGGUUAUACCACCGAUCAAACAACACCAGAGAACAAGAAUUCUAACACAAAUAUUUAUUUAAGAAAAACGUUGAUAUUUUUCAGUCUACUAGUUCAUUUUUCAAUCUGA